AUGGCGUCUAGUCGAGCUCUGAUAGCGAGUCCUCGCUUUGUUUGCCGCAGUUGCUCCCGACAGGCGCGCAAUUCGACUUCUUAUCGACGAUCCUAUGCCACAUCCUCUUCUCAGCCCUCUUCACAAGAUAUCUACGAUGUGGUUUGCAUCGGAGGUGGCCCAGCCGGACUGAGUCUUCUGACUGCGCUACGUGCCAAUCCUACAACUUCCCGUCUUCGUGUCGCCCUCGUCGAAGCGCAAGACCUUUUUAAGACAGCGUCUCUAUCUCUUCCACCAACUCAGUUCUCCAAUCGAUGCAGCUCCCUUACACCCACCACCGCCCAAUACCUCAACACUAUAGGAGCAUGGCGACACAUGCAGCGCAGUCGCAUCCAAGAGUUUCAUGAGAUGCAGGUCUGGGAUGGCGUGACAGAUGCGCGCAUAGAGUUUGACUUGCAGCCCGGAUUCUCUGCUGCCACAGGAAAUGUCAUCGCAUACAUGACUGAGAACUUGAACAUCACAUCGGGUCUUUUGAAGCGCAUCAAUGAGCUUGGAGGGGUUGACGUGUUUGAUGCUUCAAGAGUGGAAAGGAUUACGCUUGGAGAAGAAUCCGAAGAGAUGGAUCUCAGAGAAUGGCCUGUCGUGCAUUUGCAGAGUGGCAAGUCCCUAGCUGCGCGACUUCUCGUGGGAGCUGAUGGCGCCAACAGCCCUGUGCGAUCCUUUGCGCGAAUCGAGAGUCGAGGAUGGGACUAUCAUAGACAUGGAGUUGUCGCAACAAUAGAGUUGGAAGGGGAUGGAUGGGGAGGCGAAUAUCACAAAACUGCAUACCAGCGAUUCCUUCCGACUGGGCCUGUUGCCAUGCUCCCACUUCCCGGAAACUAUGCAACUUUGGUCUGGUCAACGACGCCUGAGAAUGCCGCCGUGUUGAAGAAGCUACCUGUGAAAGACUUCAUCGCUCUGGUUAAUGCGGCGUUUCGACUCAGUCCCGUUGACUUGGCUUACAUGCACACUCAGGCUACGGGCCAAGAGGAAGAGCUUGCAUGGAGAACGCAGCACACGCCUUUUGACUCCAGCGCAAUCCCACAGCUUGCGGUUGGUGUUCAAGAGGGCAGCAUUGCAUCGUUCCCUUUGAAGCUGCGACAUGCAGACACUUACAUUGGCGAACGUAUUGCUCUAGUUGGUGAUGCAGCACACACUGUUCAUCCCUUGGCGGGACAGGGUCUGAACCAGGGACAGGGGGAUAUUCAGAGUUUGGUCAAGGCGAUUGAGUAUGCUGUGGCCCACGGCCAGGACUUGGGAACGCAAAUGUCUCUCGAGUCAUACAGUAGCGAGAGAUAUGCUGCAAACCACGUGUUGAUGGGAGUGUGUGAUAAGCUUCAUAAGUUGUAUUCCGUGGGAAGUGGGCCUUUGAUUCCCCUGCGGUCGCUUGGCUUGAAGGCCGCCAACGCUCUGGGGCCAUUGAAGAAUUUCUUUAUGGAACAGGCUUCUGGACGGGGAUUGAAGGUUUAA